UGUAAUAUCACCAUUUAUUAGGGUUCAGUGUCAGUGGUAUUCGAUUGUGUUGCUGGUGGGGUGGGCGAGUUUGUACUGGUAUUCCCUUUUUUUAAUACAAAAAAUCAAAUUUAAAAUGGCUGCAAUUCGUUCCAUGUCUCGUUUACUCACUCGCAGAACUAUUAAUACUGCCAUUAAACGAGGGUAUGCAGAUGAAAUGAGCUUCACAUUUGCUGCUGGCAAUCAGGUGUAUUACGAUAACAAGUCUGUGAGGCAAGUAGAUGUUCCUUCUUUCUCUGGCAGUUUUGGUAUUCUGCCAGCUCAUGUACCUACGUUAGCUGUCCUUAAACCUGGAGUUGUAUCAGUAUUCGAAAAUGACGGCAAAGUUAACCAAAUUUUUGUAUCAAGUGGAACUGUAACCAUCAAUGAUGAUUCGUCAGUGCAGAUACUGGCGGAAGAGGCUCAUCCUGUAGAAAAUCUAGACGUAUCAGCAGCAAGGGAUAUCCUCAGCAAAGCUCAAAGCCAGUUGUCAUCUGCUAGUACUGAUGAGGCGAGAGCCGAGGCGCAAAUUGCCGUUGAAGUGGGUGAAGCUUUAGUUAAAGCUGCCGAGUAAACAAGUAAAUAUAUUGUAUAGCUGUUAACAUUUUUUUUUGUGGUAUAAAUAUAAUAUUCAAACACU